UGUGACUCUCUCUAUCUCUUCUCCCUCCCACAAUUUUGUUCAAAAUAGCCAGGGAACAGUUUGCCAGCGUCCGGAACACCCUCUUACGUGCAGUCGCUUGCUUUCUCGGGCACUGUCCAACUUGGUGAGCCAGAUCAAGUGGUGCAGGAUGAAUGGCCUCAGCGUCCGGAGACUGGAGCAAUGUCAGGAAGGUGGAAACUGCACCAGGACUGUCUGGAAUGAAUCUGCAGGCGCCUUGGGAAUGCUCGACCUGCCCCCAGCCAGAGUGACGGAGGAGUCGGUGACAGAUGUCAAUUAUCAUCACGCCUUUCCUACAGUGAAUGUACCAGAUCAUGCCCACUACACAACUGGAGCAGUAAUUCUAGCAGUGGGCAUCACUGGCAUGGUGGGCAACUUCCUGGUCAUCUACGCAUUUUGCAGAAGCAAGAGUCUGCAGAGUCCAUCCAAUACUUUCAUUAUCAAUCUGGCCAUCAGUGAUUUCCUUAUGUCAGUCACACAGGCUCCAAUCUUCUUCACAACAAGUCUGCACAAACGCUGGAUUUUUGGCGAGAAAGGCUGUGAGCUGUACGCUUUCUGUGGGGCUCUGUUUGGAAUCACCUCGAUGAUCACAUUGGUUGUAAUUGCAGUGGACAGAUAUUUAGUGAUCACCCGGCCCUUGGCCUCCAUUGGAAUGCUGUCGAAGAAGAGAGCUAUUUACAUCCUGGUGGGCGUCUGGCUGUAUUCACUGGCCUGGAGCCUCCCUCCUUUCUUUGGAUGGAGUGCGUAUGUGCCUGAAGGAUUGAUGACCUCCUGUACGUGGGACUACACAACAUUCACCCCAUCUGUCCGGGCUUACACCAUGCUUCUCUUCUGCUUUGUCUUCUUCAUUCCUUUGGGCGUCAUCAUCUACUGUUACAUUUUCAUUUUCCGGGCUAUUCUAGCCACCAACAGGGAUGUCGAGAAAAUUGGAAGAAACACCAAUAAGGAAUCCCGGAGACGGUUUCAGAGAAUGAAGAAUGAGUGGAAAAUGGCCAAAAUUGCUUUGAUAGUCAUCCUCCUUUAUGUCAUCUCCUGGUCCCCAUAUUCCGUUGUAGCUCUCACUGCGUUUGCUGGGUAUGCCAGUGUCCUCACACCCUACAUGAACUCUGUUCCAGCUGUGAUUGCUAAAGCCUCAGCCAUUCACAAUCCAAUCAUCUAUGCUAUCACUCAUCCCAAGUACAGAGCUGCCAUUGUGAAAUACAUUCCUUUCCUUAGAUGUUUUCUGCGAUUAUCUCAUAAGGAUUACAAGUUAACAAGCAGCAACUUUUCCACCAGGCAAUCCACCAUGACCAGCCAAACCUCUAACUCAAGCGGAUAUCUUCACCCCAAGAGUCGCAUGUCUGCUUCUGACUGUGAGUUGGGCUGGACUGACAAUGAGGUUGAUAUUUCUAUUAUAAAUUCAAGUUCUGUCAGUAGAACGGUUUCCUGUGAAUUCAGCGAAGAUACAACUGAGCAAAGUGACACCAAGGGGAAAUCAAAAUUGAAGAACAAUGACUCUGGCAUCUUUGAGAAGACAUCAGCCAAUGUGACAAAUAUCUCGAUGAUUGAAGUGAGUCCUAGGGAUGAUGAGAGACUUGCUCCCAAGGUGGCCGGAAAUCUGGAUGAUGUCACACUGAAGAAGGUCGAUGUGGCUUUGGUGCAAGCUGCCUGGACCCCCAGCAUCAUCCUCCCUCACAAUAGCAACCCUGGCAGCAGCCAGUCUUCAGAGGCCAGCUUCAGUGCCAUGUAUGAAACGAGCAUUCUUGGGAACCAGCAAUCCACACUCCCAAGCCAGUGACAGCCAAGGUGCUGCAAUUGCUACUUGAACUUUUACCCCAUUCAAGUUAGUCGUACAAAAAGCCACCGGAGUAUUUGCAAAGACUUAAGAUCAGGACAGUUUCUGUAGUGCAGUGUACUAGAUGUUCAACAUAAAGCUUUGAGACUAUUAGGAACAUUCCACAGGCUGACUGGUCCAGUGUUCUUUGCACUUAACCCAAAGCUGAGCAGUUUAUCAGCAUUAACAAAACCAUGAGGUGCCCAAAGUGGCUACACUGUCCUGAACCAAGAAAUGUAUGAUUUACUAGUGAAGUAGUAAGUGAGAGACAGGACAAAGUUCAGGAAGGAGAAUUGGACAAAUUGUGAGCUUAUACCAUAAGGCAAAGCCAGGUUUGUGUUUCAUAGAUUGGAGAAGGAAGAUCAAACUUGGGGAGCUGUGAACUUCCAUUUUCUUUGGAGAUGGUGUAAAGUAGGAGAUGGUGUGGUUAGUGUUGGCUUGAAUAUAGUGAGGUUGCAGCAUGGAGAAACAGUAUGUAAAAUGGUGUAUUCAGAAAGUCAGACAAUGCUGGCAGCACCCUGCCCCCAACCCAAUCAACCCUAAUGACGAAUCCUAGGAUCUCAUGAUCCAAUUAUAAAUGGAUCAUGCGGAAUCAUUCAACCAGCAAGUAAACAAUAAAUUACUGUAUUAAUGCAAUAACCAGUGAGGAUCCUAAUCUCAGAAUGUUUGGCAACGCAUUCAAACAUGCAAUACAUCAACUCGCAGACUUUUGAAAAUAUUGUGGAAAAAUGGGAUUGGUCCAUUUAGAAAUUAAAAUGUCCAGAAAGUGACCUGCAUUUUUUAAAAUCAUAGGUUAUUCCAUUUAAACACAAGCAUUUUUCUCUCUAUUCCAACGUUUAGUUUGUUGGGUCCUGUGUGAAUUUGACAUUCCCGUUAGGAUGACUACAAAAAGAUGCUACAAUUCAUUAGAGUGGUAUUAGUGGGACAUUGAAUAGGUAUUUCCUUGCUGUGCAUUUUCAACAUCAGUUCAUAGAAACCCUGCAAUGUGGAAGCAGGCCAUUCAGCCCCAGUGAGUCCACACCGAAGAGUAUCCCAUCCAGACCCAUCCUGCUGUAACCCCACAUUUCCCAUGGUUAAUCCACCUAACCUGCAUGGCCCUGGAUAGUAUAUGCAAUUUAGCAUGGCCAAUCCACCUAACCUGCACACCUUUGGACUGUGGGAUGAAACCGGAGCACCCAGAGGAAACCAACGCAGACACAGGGAAUGUGCAAACUCCACACAGACAGUCACCCGAAGGUGGAACUGAACACUGAUCUCUGGUGCUGUGAGGCAGCAGUGCUAAACACUGAGUCACCGUGCUGACCAUUCUGGGGAUUAAACACAGAUGACACCUUUUCUCUCAGAUUACAACUAUUAGGAGUAUAGACAAGGCUCUGCUACCAGGAAACU